AGUAAAGAAACGCAAGAACCCCGACUUUCUUCUGCCUACCUGCGUGUCCCAACUUACCAUUUCUUCUGAUUUCAAACCUCAACCCUAUGGAAGCCCCUGAAUCCCUGGAAGAAAAUGGAAGCCCCUGAAUCCCUGGAAGAAAAGAAAAGCAAGAGCCCCAAAUUUCUUCUCCCACACGAGUCCCUAUCCCGUCCUUACAGGCGGUGAUCGAAAGCUUGUGCCCCUGAAUCCCUGGAAGAAAAGAAAAGCAAGAGCCCAAAGUUUCUUCUCCCACACGAGUCCCUAUCCCGUCCUUACAGGCGGUGAUCGAAAGCUUGUUUUUUGAAGGUUGGCUCUGUAGUCGUUCGUCCACCCAUUUGGCAAAGGCGUUCAUCCAUGGAGGCUCCGGCAGCUAUUCACCCUCACCUUCGUAAACACAGGGAAACCUAAGAUUUACGUGUUAGAGAAACGAAAGAGGGAAGAGGAGAGUUUACCCCUGCAACGCCCCAACCCACCGAUCUUGCCUGAGAACGAUCAAGCAUCAGAGUUCUUUCUGCGCUGACAGGUUUGUGAUCUCAGAAUACAAACAGGAGCUUUUGCUGGUGAGGUUUGAACAGGGAUUUACAGUAGUCGGCGAGGAUUUUCUGCAACAAGUUUGAGUAAAUCUUCGAAAACCACAUCCCGUGUGGAGCAUCUUCGUUGGGCAUUACAAUAGAGUUUUUGGAAAAUUGGAGAAAUGAAGGAGGGAAGAGGAGAUUUUGCCACUGCAACGUCCCAACCCACCGAUCUUGCCGGAGAACGGUCAAGCAUCGGACUUGUUUUUGCUGCGACAGUGUUUUAGGGGACAAACAAAUGACACAUGAUGAUGAAAUAUCAGAUACUAUUGUCGAUGGACUUAUAGUAGAGAAUAUUAUACCAUAUAGGGAGUUAGAGGAUGUGUAUGCUAGGGAAGGUCCCACGGAUUUGGAGGAAGUCAUUCGAUUAGAUGUAGAAGCUAUUGAAAAUGAAUUAAAUAGCAGUGGUGUGGUAGUCGAUGAUAAAAAUGGGGGGACCAAUGAAGCUAUAGAAGAUGGUGUUUUUGCGUAUGAACCAAGUGAGCAUGUUGAUGGGGGUGAAAGUUUUCUUGUUGAUGAUUCAACAAAGCACUUUGACAACCCCGUAGAGUACACAGAGGAACAAUGCAUUGGGAAGUAUUUUACCAAUGAAAAUGAUGCAUAUGAAUUUUACAACAAUUAUGCUCCGAAGAUGGGAUUUAGCGUUCGAAAAUCUAAAGUGGAAAGGUCAAGAAAAAGGAAAGAAGGAAUGAAUGAAGAGAGGGAUGUCUUGUCUCGCAUGUAUGUUUGUAGUAGGGAAGGUUUUAAGGACUGCAAUGAUAAAAGGCAAGAAGGAAAAGAAGUCAACCGUCGAGCUGAUAGUAGAAUUGGUUGUCCUGCUCGUCUACGGGUAAAAUCAAUUGAAGGGGGUUUGAUUGUUGACCAAUUCAUUUCAGGUCAUAACCAUAACCUCGUGGCACCCGAUGAAACUUAUCGGCUUCGAUCACAUCAAUGGCUCUCAGACUUGGUUGUACAGAUUGCGACCACUUUAGAUGAUUGUGGUAUAGGGCCGGCAACUAUUUAUGAGGUUAUGAAAACUAUGUCAGGUGGAGCCUCCAAGGUGGGUUUGCCAGAGUUGGCAUUUAAGAACUUUAUGAAGAGGAAAAAUCAGAAAUUUCUUGGGGUGGACUUACAAAGAUUGUUGGAAUACUUGCACCACACGAAACUAUGUGAUCCUGAAUUCUUUUGCAAAAUAGCCAAAACAGAGGAUGGUACAGUGCGAGGUAUCUUUUGGGUUGAUGGACAGGCAAGAGCUGCAUAUCGUGUAUUUGGUGAUGUCUUGGUAUUUGAUACAACAUAUAAGAAGUUGGGAGUUUUUUGGCAUUGUUAUGUUAAGAGAGCUUAGUGAGUAUUUAAGAGACAAAUUAUGUUUUUGCAAAUUCAAUCAUAGCUAGCAGUAGCUGAAAGCAAACUUGUAGAAGCGUAAAAACAAUAUGAUCUGAUGUUGGAAAGUAAACAAUUAGAGCCAUCAAAGCAUUUGAAGGAAAUAUCAGAGAGGAAUGAUCAGUUUU